CACAGCAGCGUAUCGAUAGCUGCUAAGCAACCUGUGUGCAGUUGCUGCCCCUUGGCUGGUAAACAAAUAAUUGUUGGAAGGAAACUUAUGUGGAAAAACUGGCGUCCCGUUACAAAACAAACGACGGCAGAUGCCAAGCAGGUGAAAACAAACGAUUUGCGUAGCGCAGAGUAACGCAAGUAGCCGCAACGCUAAGUGCAGCUGUUAUUUAUAGCAACAUAAUAGCAACAGCAGCAACAACAACACGACGCUAACAGCAGUCAACCCAAUCUGCCACCCACCCAAGCAACCAACCACCGAAUAGUUUUGUGAGCGAGUGAGUGAGUGGGCGUCGUAAUUGGCCUCAAAUACAAGUGCAAGGAUACACGUUUCACAGUUGCACGUCGUCCCGUCAAAGUCAAGCCACAAAAACUUGAUAAUCAAAUUGAUUCAAGUUAUCAGAUUUUAGAAACAAAAAUGGAGGCAAGCGUAACUGGAGUAAAUGCAGCCACUGGAACAGCAGCAUCUGCAGCCGCAGCAGCAGCAGCGGCAGCCGCAGCAAGUGCUCCCAAUACGAAACGCAACACGCAGCAAGGACGUAAAAAGUCUGGACCGAAAUUCGAAUUAACCGAAGCACAAAAAUCGGACAUCAAAGAGGCAUUCGAUGUAUUCGACAAAGACUGCAUCGGCUACAUAGAGGUUAAGGAGCUUAAGGUAGCAAUACGUGCGUUGGGCUUUGAGCCCAAAAAAGAGGAAAUCAAACGAAUGAUAGCAGAAAUCGAUAAGGAUGGCAGUGGCCGUAUUGCGUUCAAUGACUUCUUACAUCUGAUGACCAUGAAAAUGGCCGAAAAGGAUAUCAAGGAGGAGAUACUGAAAGCGUUUCGUUUGUUCGACGAUGACGAGACGGGCAAGAUAUCAUUUAAAAAUCUGAAACGCGUUGCACGCGAACUCGGGGAAACAUUGUCGGACGAGGAGCUGCGCGAGAUGAUUGAUGAGGCUGAUCUGGACAACGAUGGUGAAGUCAAUCAGGAGGAGUUCCUCCGCAUCAUGAAGAAGACCAGCUUGUAUUAAGCACAUUUAGCAUUGGGUUCAAAUUGAAUUCCAACAAGUGCAAGUGUAAAAGUAUUAAGUUUUAAGUUUAUUUUAAGCUUUCCUGUAGCUAAUUUGAUUGCACAGCUUAUGCUUUAUUUGCUCAGACGGCAAAGACAAUUUUUGAAUGUGGACUGCUUUUUAUGUAAGUCUCGUACGUGCGUGUUCCUUUUUUCUGGAUGUACAACAUAAGCAAAUGCACCGCCUGUAUUUUUGCACAAUAUAAUCUCAAUGAUGAAUAAAAAACAUCAGCUAGUUAACGUUGUCAAGAA